AACACCACCGCUGAGUAAUGCCACCCCGCCUCUAUAAAUUGUUUACCUCUUUGCCUCUGUCUCACUCGUUCGCUUGAAUUGAAGUCAAACCAAAACCAAAAUGGCUCUGCAACUGUGGGAGACAUUAAAGGAGGCGAUCCCAGUCUACACGGGGCUAUCUCCAGCUACCUUCUUUACGGUUCUUGCUCUUUUCUUCGCCGUCUACUACGUGAUAUCGGGGCUGUUCGGGUCGUCCGAUCGUCAUUAUAGUCCCCGGGAAAGCGAGCAGCUGUCGCAGCCUCCGCCGCCUCCGGUACAGCUCGGGGAGAUUACUGAGGAGGAGCUCAAGCAGUACGAUGGAUCCGACCCCGCGAAGCCUCUGCUCAUGGCCAUCAAGGGCCAGAUCUACGACGUGUCGCAGAGCAGGGUAUUUUAUGGUCCUGGUGGACCUUAUGCACUGUUUGCUGGAAAGGAUGCCAGCAGAGCUCUUGCAAAAAUGUCUUUCGAAGAGAAAGAUCUGACUGGGGAUGUAUCUGGUCUCAGCCCAUUUGAAGUUGACGCUUUGCAGGACUGGGAAUACAAGUUUAUGAGCAAGUAUGUUAAGGUUGGAAGUGUCAAGUCUGCAGUAGUGACGGAUGGGGCGCCUGCCGAAGAACCUGCAGAAUCUACAGAUCGUGACGUUGCUAAACCUGCCGAAGAUGGUCCUUCAGAAAGUGCAGCUGUUGUAACCGAGGAAACUCCUUUAGGAGCUGAUGCUGCAAAAGAGUAAUCCUUGGAUAAAGCAAGCGCCGCCAUUGCAAACUUGGUAUUUCAUGAAUCAUGUUUGACACAAGUUUAAGAUUGCAGUAUAAUAUACCUCUCUUGAGAACAGGUCUGUUUAAAGUCUAGUUUGUCGAAUAAUGUAUUAGUGAUGGUAAACCCUGGAUAUUUUCAUAGCUGCAACUUUUACCUUA